CGAAGCUCAGGAACUUCAUUCUUCACCUGCAUUUAAUCCUAACUCUUUAAAAGAAAAGGCUCCAGCUUUUCUCAGGGGGAUUUGAGCUCAAUCUUUGACCUAGUUUGAUUUUUUUUUCCCUCCUCAUUUUGAAGGAAGGGAGUUGAAAGAGACCAACCAUGGCUGCUUCCUUGCUCAGAAUUGGACGACUGGGAUCUCUAAAGGCCCUGCAGGCAGAGAGUGUGAGUUUAUUACAAAAAGCCCCAGCAGUCGCUCUGAGUUCAAAAUCUGGCGAAGGCAAGAAGUCCAAAAAGUCCAGCAAAGGAAAGUCAACAUCAAAAACAUACUUUGAUACAGAAACACUUAUCCAACACAAGUCCUACCCAGAAGUCACCAAGGAGGCUGUAAUGCCUGCCGCUGCUGCUGCAGGAACCGUGUCUGCAACUGCUGCAGCCAUUCGUAAGCAAGCUGCAGCAGCCCCAACUGCUGAAGCCAUUACUGCCCCUUCACCAAGUGAAACUUCACCUGUUGCUGAGGUCUGUCCAGCUGCAGUGGAAACUACACCAAUCACUGAAGUUGCUUCUGCUCAAGCUGCUGUAGAAGCUGCAGCACCUAUUGCAGAGGUCACAGCCAAAGAUACACCUGUCGCUGAAGCUGCAACAGAAGUUGCUUCCCCUGUUACUGAAGCUCUGGGUGAAACUGCAGCUGCAGCAGGAACUUCAAGUGCUGAAACAUCUGCCGCACCUACUGCUGAAGCUGCUGCCCUUGUAACUGAAACUGCACCUGAAACCCUGGCUUCUGCUUCCACAACUGAAGCCAUACCCAUUGCAGAAGCUUCCCCAGAAGCAGUUUGCCCUGUUACUGAAGCUGUAGUUAUCUCAGAAGCUGCAGUUAAUGCACCCCCUACAGAAGCUACCUCAGAAGUUACAGCUGAAACAACCACCACUGCAGAUGCCUCGGCGGCUGCUGUUGAAGCAGCCCCCAAAAAUGUUGCCUCAGAAAUUACAGCUGAAGCAGCACCCACAGAAAUUUCUCCUGAAUUUAUGACACAAGUGACCCCUAAAGAAGUUUUCCCAGAAGUUACAACUGAAGCAGCCCCCACAGACGUUGCCCAAGAAAUUGCAACUGAAGCAGCCCCCACAGACGUUGCCCAAGAAAUUGCAGCUGAAGCAGCCCCCACAGACGUUGCCCAAGAAAUUGCAGCUGAAGCAGCCCCCACAGACGUUGCCCAAGAAAUUGCAGCUGAAGCAGCCCCCACAGACGUUGCCCAAGAAAUUGCAGCUGAAGCAGCCCCCACAGACGUUGCCCAAGAAAUUGCAGCUGAAGCAGCCCCCACAGACGUUGCCCAAGAAAUUGCAGCUGAAGCAGCCCCCACAGACGUUGCCCAAGAAAUUGCAGCUGAAGCAGCCCCCACAGACGUUGCCCAAGAAAUUGCAGCUGAAGCAUUCCCCACAGACGUUGCCCAAGAAAUUGCAGCUGAAGCAGCCCCCACAGACGUUGCCCAAGAAAUUGCAGCUGAAGCAGCCCCCACAGACAUUGCCCCAAAGGUUACAGUUGAAGCAGCCCCCACAGACGUUGCCCCAAAGGUUACAGUUGAAGCAGCCCCCACAGAAGCUGCCCCAGAGGUUACAGUUGAAGCAGCCCCCACAGAAGCUGCCCCAGAAGUUACAGCUCAAGCAGGCCCCACAGAUCUUGUCCCAGAGGUUACAAUUACCCCUUCAGCACUAUCUCUAGAACCUGAUGCUACCCCAGUUACAGAAUCUGUUGUUGAGACUGUCAUAGAAGCUGCUGCUGAAGCAGUAACUGAAGUCAUUGCAGACACUGUCCCUGUCAAAGCUGUUGCUGAAGUAGUGGACGCUAUUGUUGAAACUGUAGCUGAAGUGGUCAGUGAAGCUGCUUCUACAGAAAAGCAGGAUGCACUUGAAGCUGGUUUGGACCCAAUUCAGAAACUCUUCUUGGAUUCCAUUCGCAGCUAUUCCUCAAUGAGCACGGGAACUGGUGGUCUAAUUGAUGCAGACCCUGAGUACCACAAGGCCCUGGCUAUGGAAAUCACCAAACUAAAAAGGUUAUAUGGUGGUGGAGAUCUGGAAUCAUUCCCAGAGUUUAAUUUCCCUGAACCAAAGCUGGAUGAAGUUUCUACCAAGUAAACAACAUUUUUCACACCAUUACGCCAUCUUGUGCUUCGGUCUGGGACAAAUACGAUGACCCUGGUUGCUCUUUGUGCCAUAUAUUUUGGGGACUGUGAAGCCAUUCCAGCAUUCGCAUAACAAGUGUCUGUUUGUACCUGUGUCAAAUUACAGGUUGGGAGGACAUUUAUAUAAUAUUUGUGAAAUAUGCACUUAUAAUCUGCAUUUUUGCCAGGCUUCUAUGAGUAGAGAACAAAUUGAAUAAAUAUAUCCAUAUGUCGUUUUUUUUUUUUGUUUGUUUGUUUGUUUGUUUGUUUUUGGUGUGUGUGCGCGCACGCGUCUGCAGUUUGCACUGUGGGUGACACGGUGAUGUAGUGGUUAGCACUGUUGCCUCACAGCAAGAAGGUUCUGGGUUCGAGCCCAGGAGCCAACGGGGGCCUUUCUGUGUGGAGUUUGUAUGUUCUCCCCAUGUCUGCGUGGGUUUCCUCCGGGUGCUCCAGUUUCCCCCACGGUCCAUUAGGAGACAUGUGGUUAGGUUAAUACGGGGCAGCCAUGGCCUGAAGGUUGGGCCGAAGUGCCCUUGAGCAAGGGCACUGAACCCACAACUGCUCCCUGGGUGUUAGAGCAUAGCUGCUCUGUGUGUGUGUGUUCACUGCUUCAGAUGGGUUAAAUGCAGAGGUUAAAUUUCACUUGUGCACUUGUGAUAAAUAAAGGCCUCUUGGCUUGUGUGUGUGUGGGGGGGCUGGAUGUGGAUCUUUUCUGAAAAUUUGUGGAAAAUAAAUUUUUUUCUGAUGUUCUUC